CAAUUACAUUACUUUACCUGACUUUUUUGGGGGUCUUUUUUCUACUCGAGCCUCAAUGUCGCGGGGUCAGUUCGGCGUGAGACGUCCGAUGUGUCUCGAGGACGAAUCAGACAUUUCCCGGUGGUAUUGUUUGUCCCGUCCGAGGUCUCGGUAACGGAUGGGCUCUUAGAACGCCUCGUGGCAGGCCCGCGAGGGGAUGAGCGGCCUCUGAUAGAAGCCAGGACCGGAAUGCCAGACAACAGGCCCCACAGCGGCAUUCAAACCUAGUGAGACGACUACCAACAGCAGCAGAUUUCUUCAUUCCUAUUCCCAGUACUAGAAUAACUAGUGAUGAUAACAAUAUAUGAGAUUACAAAAUAGGAUCAAAGCUGCCAGCAGCACGUCUGGGGUCAUUAUCAGACUCUGGUUUGAUGCAUUUCGGUGACCAUCAGCAGAGAAGCUUCAUUUUGUCGAACCACAUUCCAUUACUUAACAUGACAGCCUGGUUCUGGCAAAUAAUCUCUCAAAGAAGUUAAAAAUGUUAGAUUGAAAAAAAAGAUUUUUAAAGAAGGCUUCACGUGUUGAAAAAACAUCAUGGGAAAAAAAUAUGGUGAAAAAAAAAAUGUUAGUUUGAAAACUUCAAAAAAUGAAUUAAAAAAAAAAAAAUUAGGUCAAAAACAGUUUAAAAAAACAAACAAAAAAUAUCAAAAUAUGUCAGCUGCUGACUUUUCUCUGGAUUAAUUUGGUUGUUUGUGGAAGAUGCCGAACUGGGGGGGAGGCGCCCGCUGUGCGGCCUGCGAGAAGACGGUGUACCACGCGGAGGAGAUCCAGUGUAACGGGAGGAGCUUCCACAAGACCUGCUUCCUCUGCAUGAGCUGCAGGAAAGCGCUGGACAGCACCACGGUGGCGGCGCACGAGUCUGAGAUUCACUGCAAGUCCUGCUACGGAAAGAAGUACGGGCCAAAGGGCUACGGCUACGGGCAAGGAGCCGGAGCCCUGAGCUCUGACCCGCCUCGCCCCGAGGGCCUGCAGGAUCACGACUCCAAACCACAACCAGCUUCCUCAAACUCCAAAUACGAAAAUAAAUCCUCUCUGAAGUUUGGGUGUUCGGACCGCUGCCCCCGCUGCUCCAAAGCCGUCUACGCAGCGGAGAAGGUGAUGGGAGCGGGCAAGCCGUGGCAUAAAACCUGCUUCCGCUGCGCCCUGUGUGGUAAAAGCCUGGAGUCGACCACAGUGACAGACAAGGAUGGAGAGCUGUACUGUAAAGUUUGCUACGCCAAAAACUUCGGGCCAAAAGGAUUUGGACUGGGGAACGCAGCCAUGUUGGAGUAACAACAGGAAGUCACAUGGCAGCUUUUAAACUUUCACCUUAAUACCGGGUGGUGUUUGUAAUAAAUGAAAGAGGCCAGAUGUGCAAAAGUGCAAAAACAAAGGUACUACGUUGGUACCUUAAAAUGUAUCUUGAAUGCAGUUCAUUCAUGAAAAAUUAUAUUGUUUUCCAUAAUAAAGCUAAUAAACUU